AUGCCACAUAUUAAGCAGAUAGUAGCCGUCAGGAGAAAGCCUGGUCUGACCCGCCAGGAGUUCUUCGACUAUCACUUCCAGGUCCACGGCAAACUCAGCCAAGCACCCUCUCUGGAUAUCACUCCAUUAAAGUAUUUCCAAACCCAUAUCCAAGAUGCAGUAUACAACCAUCAAGAAGGUCAAGGCGUCAACGCCAAUCCUUGGUGGGCCUUUUCCGACGACAUCGUUGAGCUUUACUUCCAAUCUGAACACCAUAUGAAGACGGUUUUCGGCUCACAAUAUGUAAGAGAAAACGUUGGUCCGGAUGGUAUCAACUUCUCCGACUUCGGUUCAGCGUUGCCUGUGACUGUUCAGGAAAGAGUUAUUCCACUGAACGAGUCAGUGAAUGCGUCAUCUGGAGACGUUGACACAUUAUCGGGAUCCCCUGUCGCGAUGUAUUACUUGACUGUGACCGGCAGCGACACCGAAGAUAUUAUUACCGGAUUUGUCAAUAGUUUGCAGAAGUUGGCAGGGAGCCAGGUGCGCACGGUUGUUGCGAAUACUCCAGUAGAGCUGAGCCUCAACCCAGAUGCUUAUUUUGGGAGCAAUCCCAAGCGGCCCAAAUUCAAUUUAAUAUUCUCAAUUCAUCUGCGCGACAAGGAGAGCGUCGCGGAGGUGAGGAAAGCGCAGAAAGAGUUUGAGGCAGCGUACGGAGCCAAUAUUAAUCUCCCAAAUUCCUGGAUCGCCUUUGGUCAACGCGGUCUAGUUCUCAACCAGGAGAAAGAUAUCCAGUUUGAUCUAUCCCGCCAGCCCAAACUGUAG